CUAGCACCACCGCCGGCUGGUUUGCCUCCAAAUAGUAGUAGUAAUUACAAUAACAACAGUGGCAGUGGCAAGAGAUCAAAGAACAGUUUGGUUGCUCGAAAAAACAACCCUAUUUCGUCAACUACACCGCAAACUUCAAGGGUGGGGCCGGGUAGGCCACGAACAAGAAAUACUCAGCGACCAUCUCCGUCUUCAUCGACAUCUUCAUCACCAUCGGCAUCACCAGCAUCAUCAUCAUCAACAUUAGCGUCAAACAUACUUGGGGCUAAUCAGUUCUUCAACAAAGGACUUUUAGGACAUUACCAAGCAUUGGCUAACAGAGGUUAUACGCGCAGCUCCUACCCCUACUUGGCAUCUUCUAGCAGGUACAAUUUGAAGAAGCUCAUGCCUGCCAUCUUGUAUAGGUAGGGGAUUAAGAUCAAAGGGAGUAUAAGAGAUUUCAGAAGAGGAAGCAAGAGGAGUAAGAGAAGAGGAUUGCAAAAAGGAAUAACUUUCCAUUUGAAGUUCUUUUCCAUACCCCAGAUUUUAUUAUUUCCAUGUUUAGUGACUUAAAAACUUGGUUGUAUUGUUGCGAACUUCCUUUUAUUGGUAAUAUUCUGUCUUGGGUCACAACAGAAUGUCUAUAAUUGUAUGAAUGUCAGUAGCAUGCUCCACUUUUG